GCAUUGCGGAUCCCGGGUCCUUAAAGCUCGUGUGGUUGCUCUGCCCCCGUCCUUCGCGCUUUUUCCUUUACGGCCUGAAGGAGUCGUAGGCAGAAGUCAGGGAGACCCAAGAAACGGAAGAAUGGACUCAGUGGCCUUAGACGAUGUUAAUGUGAAGUUUACCCUGGAGGAGUGGGCUUUCCUGGAUCGGACCCAGAAGAAACUCUACAGAGAUGUGAUGCAGGAAACCUUCAGGAACCUGGCAUCAAUAGCAUGUAUUUUAGAAGAAAAAUGGGAAGACCAUGACAAUGACGAUCAGCACAAAAAUCAUGGGACAAAUCUUAGCAGUCACACAAUAGAGAGACUGGGUAAAAGUAAAGAAGGUAGUCAGUGUAGAGAAACCUCCAGCCAGAUUCCAAAUCAUAAUCAGAAGAAAGCAGCUCCUACUGGAAUAAAACUACGUAAAUCCAGGUUGUGUGGACAAGUCUUCAUGCAUCAUUCAUCCUUUAAUAGCCCCAUGAGAUCUCACACUGGACCCAAACAAUACGAGUAUCAGGAAUAUGAAGAGAAGUUUUAUAAAUGUAAGGAAUGUGGGAAAGCUUUCAAGUAUCGCCAAUAUGUUCGAAUACAUGAAAGGAAACACAGUGGAGAAAAGCCCUAUGAAUGUCCAACAUGUGGUAAAGUCUUUCGUUAUAUAAGUAACUUAUGUAGACAUGAGAGAAAGCAUAAUGGAGGUAUAUCCUAUGAAUGUGAGGAAUGUGGCAAAGCUUUCAGUUCUUCCUGGUCCCUCGGAAAACAUAAAAGUAUUCAUAUUGGAAAGAAGUCUCAUGAAUGUACAAAAUGUGGUAAAGUGUUCAGUUGUUUAAGUCACUUACGUAGACAUGCAAGAACUCACACUAGAGAGAAACACUAUGAGUGUAAGAAAUGUGGGAAAGCCUUGAGUUCUCUCAGCAGAUUUCAAAGACACAUGAUCAAGCACACUAGAGAUGGACCUUAUAAAUGUAAGGUGUGUGGGAAAGAUUUCAGGUGUCCCAAAAACUUUCGAAAUCAUGAAUUGCUACACAGUGGAAAAAAGCCCUAUGAAUGUAAGGAAUGUGGUAAAGCUUUCAGUUCUCCCAGAUAUCUUGGAAAACAUAAAAAAACUCACAAUAGAAAGAAGCCUCAUGAAUGUAAGGAAUGCGGUAAAGCUUUCCAUUAUAUCUUUUCCCUUCGAAAUCAUAAAAGAACUCAUACUGGGGAGAAACCCUAUGAAUGUAAGCACUGUGGGAAAUCUUUCAGUUGUUCCAAUUACUUCCGAAUUCAUAAAAAAACUCAUGGUGUAGAGAAACCAUAUCAAUGUAAGCAGUGUGGCAAAGCUUUUAGUUGUCCCAGGUACUCUCGAAUGCAUGAAAGAACACAUAGUGGAGAAAAGCCCUACAAAUGUAUAAAAUGUGGUAAAGCCUUCAGUUUCUCAAGUAGUUGUCGUAAACAUGAGAGAAGUCAUUUUGAAGAUAAAUCCUGUUAAUGUAAGGAAUGUAGGAAAGCCUUCAUUUAUCUCUCAAGGUGUUUGAUCACACAUGAUAAUCCAGAUUGGAGAUGGACCCUAAAAAUGUAAGGAAUGUUAGAAAGAAUUCAUUUCUCCCAGUUUAUUAUGAAGAAUGGAAGAACUCACCCUGAAGAGUAGCCCUAUCAAUUUAAAAAUUGUAGAAAAGCCUUCAGUCAUCCCAGUCCUUUACAAAAUCAUGAAAGAACUCAUCACACCUAAGAGAAACUUUAUGAAUAUAAGGGAUAUGGGAGAGCUUUUGUGGACAAGUAAGGCUGCACACUGGAGAUAUACCAUAUUAAUGUAAAGAACACGGAAAAAGACCAGUUGUCUCAUUUCCUUGGAAAGCCAUGAAAAAACUCAAAGU